AUGUCAAAAAAAGUGGAUUAUAGCUUGUACCUAGUUACUUGCAGGGAACUUCUACCCCCCGACAAAGACUAUUACGAAUCAUUGGAAGAGUCGUUGCAAGGAGGAGUUACAAUUGUCCAGAUUAGGGAAAAGACUGCUGAGACACGAGAGUUUGUUGAGAUCGCGGCCAAGUCAAAGGUCAUAUGCGACAAAUACAACGUCCCCUUGAUAAUAAAUGACCGGAUAGACGUCGCCCUCGCUGUACAUGCUUCAGGUGUCCAUGUCGGUCAGACGGACAUGCCUGUGGAUGUUGUAAAGCGGCUCCUGCCCGUCGGCUCUAUUGUAGGUGUCUCAUGCAACAAUCUAGACCACGUGAAAACUGCCAUCGACGAUGGAGUGGAUUACAUCGGUAUCGGCUCCGUUUGGGCGACGAAAACGAAGUCCUUGACGUCGCCUCUGGUAGGGGUUCGUGGAGUUGGCGUCUUGCUUGAUGCGCUUGAAGGGACUGAGAUAAAGGCCGUGGCAAUUGGUGGCAUCAAGUCGACAAAUAUUUUGCGCACCUUGUAUGGCGCCGUAUCACAGAGCGGACAUACCUUAGACGGGGUCGCAGUCGUUUCCGAUAUCGUGUCGUCCAACGACCCCCAAAAUGCCGCAGCCAACCUUUCCGGGAUAAUUCACAAAUUCAAAGCGCAGGAGCAUUUAGGGCCAGCCAUGAUCGGUACUCCACUCACCGGCAAGGGAGUUUUAAGACAAGCACUCCAAAUCUUUGAUGCAAUCAAAACGACAAGUCCCCUUGUGCACCAGAUAACCAACACGGUCGUGUCAACUCAAUCUGCGAAUAUCACGUUGGCAUUGGGUGCGAGCCCGAUUAUGGCCACCUCGGCAAAAGAAAUGCAGGAUCUUUCCAAAAUACCAGGUGCCUUGUUGGUCAAUAUAGGCACUUUGGUAGACGAUACGAAGGAGGGCAUGCUCGCUUCGGGAUUAUACGCCAACUUGGCGAGGAAGCCCGUCGUUUUGGACCCAGUGGGAGUCGGGGCUUCUCAAUACAGGAAAGACGCAAUCAAAGAGCUUCUCGACACUUGGCAAGUAAGCAUCAUCAAAGGUAAUGCAGGGGAGUUAGCCGCUUUGUCAGGGACAUCCGAGGUCGAAUCCAAGGGGGUCGAUUCAGUUGGCGAUGGAUUCAAAGACCCGAUUUCAUUCGUGAAGAACUUGGCGCGUAAAGAGCGCUGUGUCGUUGCUCUUACAGGCAAAGUGGAUUAUGUAUCAGAUGGAAAUUCGGUCAUUGCUUUGCACAAUGGCCAUGAAAUGCUUGGACGGAUCACAGGAUCGGGGUGCAUGGUUGGAAGCUGUAUCGCCAGCUUCUGCGCUGGACAGACUUCUCUCCCACACGACGACGAGAUCAUAACAAGAGGAUUCGCCAAUCAAUACAUGUUAUACGCCGCAGUCGGAGGCAUUACAGUGUUCAACGUCGCCGCCGAGGUGGCCGUGGCAAGUGGAAAUGUCCGAGGGACUGGCACAUUCCUUCCUGCCUUGAUCGAUGCUCUCUACCACCUGUCGCUAGAUGAGAUCGUUCUCAACGCGGAUAUCAGGAUAUGCACGUAA